GCUAUUUCUUAUAAAAUUGGGGAUGGGAGAUCCAUUCGAGUGUGGGAUAGUCCUUGGCUUCAGAGCAUUGCUGGUUCACAGCCCAUUGGGCCUCUGGCAGGUGAUAGAGAGAGGGUAGAAUUUGUUAGUGAUUUGUUCAAACAUGAUAGAUAUGAGUGGGAUGUAGAGUUGGGUGAAGUUGGUAUCAGACAAGUAGGGCAAAUUUUGAUUUCUGCCAGUGCCUCUGAUAUUGAUGAGAACCUGAUGAGUGUCAUUGGUAGAGCUGUUAGAGAUGGUAAGGUGAUUAAGGAGUGGAGGGAUACAAGGGAAAGAGUGACAGAUGGGCAACAGAGGGAUCUUCACCUGACCAAAUGGCUGUUGGAAGCAAGCAUGACAGAAGGCUGGGAUAGGAUUGAGUGCAAAGUGGCUAUGCAGGAAACUGUGGAACUACUACAGAGAAGAGAUGAAGGCAACCCAUCUUGGACGGAGGAAGCUGCUGCUAUUGUAGUUGUGUUAUGGCAG